AUGAAACAUCGAAUCCUACCUCGACCUCAACUUCCACUUCUUCCCCUCACUUCAUUAACAACCACCACCACAAUGGCCGACAUUGAAUCUGCCUUCCAGGCCGCCAUCGAUGACCACAAAAUAAACGGCGGGGUUAUUUGCGCAACCAACAGCACAGGUACCUUCAAGUACAACAACCCCAUAGGCGAGCGCACCCUACUCUCAGGCACCAAGCAACCCCACCAACUCUCCGACGUACUCUUCCUCGCCUCGGCAACAAAAUUCAUCACCGCCGUCGCAGCCCUCCAAUGCGUUGACGACGGCAUCCUCUCCCUAGACGGGGACCUCUCAGCGCUCGCACCCGAGCUCACAUCCAAACAAGUCCUAACGGGGUACUCAGAUGACGGCACCCCGCUCUUCGAGAACCAAUCUCGCCCUAUCACUCUAGAACACCUAAUCACCCACUCCUCAGGGCUCGUCUACCACUUCAUGAACCCGACCAUCGCGCAGUGGCGUGAAGAAAACGGCGCCCCGCUCAUAGACGAAAAUGGCGAGCAGCGCCGGCUUACCGUGGAAGAGCUCUUCAGCUACCCGCUGGCCUUCCAACCCGGGGAAUCGUGGAUGUACGGGCCCGGGCUUGACUGGGCGGGCCGGAUUGUCGAGAGAGCUACGGGGAAGACGCUGAUUGAGCGGAUGCAGGAGCGCCUGUUUAACCCGCUAGGGAUUAAUGAUGCACAGUUCUACCCUGUUACGCGGGAGGAGUUGCGUGGGAAGUUGGUGGAUUUGAGUCCGGAAGACCCUGGGGCUGUGGGGCGGGCGGUGCUGGGUGGGAAUGGAGAUAUGAAUCUGCGUACGCAGGGGGAUUUUGGGGGGCAUGGACUGUUUAUGUCCGGGGAGAGCUUUAUCAAGGUGUUGCAGUCAAUUGUGGCGAAUGAUGGGAAGUUGCUGAAGACUGAGACGGUGGAUGGAAUGUUUCAGCAGCGGUUGGAGGCUGAGGCGAGUAAAGGGCAUCAGGAUGCGCUGGCGAGUCCGAUGGGUAUCUUCUUCCGCGUGGGUAUUGAUGAAGAUACGAAGAUGGGGUAUGGACUUGGCGGGGUGGUUACAUUGGAGGAUGUCGAGGGUUGGUAUGGGGAGAAGACGCUGACGUGGGGUGGUGGGCUGACGGUGGCUUGGUUUAUUGACCGGAAGAAUGACCUUUGUGGUGUUGGCGCUGUCUUGAGUGCUCUGCCGGUGGAUAUCCCAACUGUCUCGGACCUGAAGCAGGUCUUUCGAAAGGAUGUCUACAGGAAGUAUGCGGAUUGGAAAAAGGAACAGGGGGUAUGA